AUGGACUCUACUCCGACGCCUCCGAGACGCCAGUCAGACAGGCGCAGCACGCCUAGGCACCACAACUCAGAUGAGGGGCACGGCAGCCCCCCAGAUGGGUCUAGGUUGGGAGGAGAAUUCACACUCGCACAUCGAGGUGGGGACGCCACCACCCCCUUCUCCGUAGCAGACUCCAGCCCGUAUCCUGGCGACGACGCAGCCGGAGGCGGUGGUGGUACGCCCGAGCCGGAGGGUGGAUCAGCAGCCAACAAGGGUUCCACUCGUCUCUGUUGGACGCCUGCGGAGAAGGUCGUACUCUGGAAGGCGAUCCAGAAACACAAUCCUUUCGCAGAGAGUGGGCAGAAGCUGGCGAGAGAACAUUGGCGUAGGGUAGCCGCUUCGGUGAUCGAGGAACAGGAUGUGGAGAUCUACACGAACGAAGGAGGCAGGGAGACCGUCCACGUGGCCAUGCAGGAAAAUACCAAGAAUCUGCCCUUCGAGACACUCGUCAGUAGGUGCAAGCAACUGUUCGACGAGAACAGGAGGAGCAAAGAAAAAGCGGAGAAGGACUCCGAGGGCAAGACCGGGGAGGGCGAGAAGGACGCUGAAGUAUUCGACGAGGAGAACGAGGAGGGGUCCGAGGAUUGCGAAUUGCUCAAGGCUAUGGCAUGUCGUGAGGCCGGGAUAGCGUCGAAGAAGAAGGGCGCAGGCCCGUCGAAGGAGCACAUGUACCCGCCGAAUUUUCCAUUUUCUCCAUGUACUGUAAUCACCUCUCUCUUCCACACGAAAAUCUUGCAACAAGGUCAACAAACUGUGUAG